UUUCGAAUAUCCUCCUACCCAAGUCUACAAAAUAGUUUUGCUAAAAAGAACUCACAUGUUAUAUUAUUGGAUCCAACGUAUAUAUCGGAACAUUAUUAAAAAAGAAAAUGUUCUAGAGGAAAAAAAAAUAACCAACCAUAAAUAAGAACGAAAAACAAGAGAUAUCAAUGAAUCUAGACAUAUACCCACCACCCAAAGACCAGUCGCAGAGACGCCUAUAUAAGGAACAAUCAAUUACCAAAAGAAUAAGAAGAACAACAAACAAAAACGUAAAGAGACACAAAAAGAAAGAAAAGAGAAAUCAUCAAAAAAACAUCAAAUAAAAAGAGAGGAAAUGGGGAAAGGAGGCAACUAUGUGAUGGUGGCGGCUUCGGAGGUGGAGGAGCUACGACAGAAGAACGGAGAGAUGGAAAAAGCGGUGGAGGAGAUGAGGAAAGAGAUGGUGCAGUUGUGGCGGCGGACGCAGGUGGCUGAGGAGGCUGAGGAGCAUCUUUGCUCUCAGCUGGCUGAGCUUGAAGCCGAAUCUUUAGACCAGGCGCGCGAUUACCACUCUCGCAUCAUCUUCCUUACGAAAGAGCUCUCUCGUUUCUCCUCCGACUCUGUCUCUCCCUAGAAUAGAUAUUUGUGUAAAGGAUAGGUUCUUAGAUUGUUGGAUCAUGCAUGGAUGUAUCCUCAAAUUGGUUCAUUGCCAAUAUGUAGAGGUUUUUAUUUUUGUCUAUAUAUUGAAUUUCUCCUUGGAAAUUUCUAUAUAAACAAAAAUCAAUGUUGUUACUGGCUCAUCUUGGGGGCUUAUCAUAUCGUAAAUCCAAAAGAAAAUUUGAUCUUGUUGAAAAAGGUGAUGGAUGAAAGUCAUUGAAUAUAAAGCAGAAGAUAUUCGAUUUUUGGUUAGAAA